AAGGUAAGGAGUCCUCAAAGCCGCUCCGCAGUGACACAGUCCGCUUUUUUCUAUUUCCUUCACUUUCUGUCUUCUGAGAAGGCUAAAUGGAUCAGUCUCAACCUUGUCUUUUCUCUUUCUAGUUGCGGCGAUGGGUGGAGAGCCGGCAGAAGAAGUAGAGGAAGAAGAAGAGGAAAAGAUGAGAAUGGUAAAGAUAGGAUCCUACGGGGGAUUGGUAAGGCUGCUGGUUGCCAUUGAUGGAGAAUGUACUGCCGCCGCUGAGGAGACGAUGCUGCUGUGGGGGAUUCAGCAGCCCACUCUCUCAAAACCCAACGCUUUCGCCCGCCAAUCCUCCAUUCAUCUGCACCUCGACGCCUGCGGCCAUUCCCUCUCCAUCCUUCAAUCCCCUUCUUCCUUGAGCACACCUGGAGUAACUGGAGCAGUGAUGUGGGACAGUGGAGUUGUACUGGGGAAGUUCUUGGAGCAUGCUGCGGACACUGGUAUGCUGCUUCUCCAAGGAAGGAAGGUCAUUGAAUUGGGCUCUGGCUGUGGAUUAGUUGGUUGCAUUGCAGCUCUUCUGGGUGCUCAAGUAGUCCUUACCGAUAUGCCUGACAGAGUAAGACUUUUGAAGAAGAAUGUUGAUGCUAAUCUGGGAUGUGGACACAUGCGAGGUUCUGGAACAGUGUGUGAGCUCAUAUGGGGAGAUGAUCCUGACCCAGCAUUGAUUGAUCCAAUGCCUGAUUAUGUGCUGGGUUCAGAUGUAAUCUACAAUGAGGGAGCUGUAGUGGAUUUGUUAGCUACACUGUUGCAACUUUGUGGGGCUCAGACAACAGUAUUUCUGGCUGGUGAACUCCGAAAUGGUAAUAAAUGCCGUUCUGUUGUAUUCCAUUCAUCUUACAAAUAUCUCAACAUUAUUGUUAUUGAUAUAUAUAUAUAUAUAUAUUUUGUGGUAGAUGCUGUCCUUGAAUAUUUCUUAGAAGCUGCAAUGAAGGACUUCAUGGUUGGCCGUGUGGAUCAGGGCGAGUGGCAUCCAGAUUAUCACAGCCAACGAGUUGUUAUGUAUGUAUUGGUGAAGAAGUGAAAGGAGGGAAAAGUUAAAAAGUUACUGAUCAUGCGUUUGGCAGCCUGAUGUUAAGAUCUUGACUUCUGAUUUGUAUGAAUUUGAAUGAACAAAGUAAAAAAUUAUAUUAAUAUUUUUUAAGUAUACAUAAAUCUAAAUCUAAGCUUGACAUUUAUGUUUUCAAA